GUAACCUCAUGUCAUGCCGCGUCCCGACCACUCGACUCCUCUGGCCUAUGCAGCACCACCCUUACCCGCUCCACCUGGCGUCCGCAUGCCAUGAACCCCUCCAAUGGCUCUUCGCUAUCCACCUCGCAGAGCAGCUCGACAUUGCGCCCGCGGGCCAAGCGACUGAUCUCGCUCGAAGACGACAUCUAUGCCACCGACGGUAGCGACAGCAGCCCCAGCAGAGCCGCGUCGCAACUGGGCUCGAGGAAUGUGUCUCCGGGCCCGCACGCACAUGCCGCCGCCGCCGCCGCCCCGGCCUCUCGUAUGAACCUCACCUCUACGCCCUCGUCCUUCUUCCAGCGCUCUGCCAGCGGACAGCCGCCCAAGCCGUCCUCGCAAACACUGUCGGGGCUAUGGGGGAACUCAUGGUCGGCCAUCCAGGGCAUCGCAGCCACCGUCAUGGCCAGCGACACCGCCCCCAGAGACGUGGACGGGCCCCGCAGAAGGAAAUCCGCUCACGGGCGACGCACCUCGACGAGCGCACCUCCGCCGAAACACUGGGGCCCCGCAGGCGCCGGCUCGCAUGUAGGCGCCGGGACACAGGAAGAGAGGGAGGCCAUGGUCAGGGCCAUGAAGCGCAAGGACCUGUUGACCGCCAACGACCACCUGGUCCCAGACUCUGCAGGCCGUAUGAAGCGCAGAAACUCGGACGACCAAGUAAGCAUUUCCGCUCCUCCCGGCGAAAACGACGAUCGAGAUGCGCUGGUCUACAUUCACCACGUCCGACCACAGGACACCUUGGCCGGGCUCAGCAUAAAGUACAACUGUGAUCAGGCCGUGCUGCGCAAAGCGAACCGCAUGUGGCCAAACGACACGAUACAGUUUAAGAAGGAAGUCGUGCUGCCGGUAGAUGCUUGCGGUACCAAGGGGCGGCCAGUGCAAGGGCCGGAUGCGCUUCCUGCCGAAGACUUGCUGCUGGGAGAAUAUGCCGAUAGCUCCAAUAGCAAGGAUCGGGCUGCAAACACCGAGGGCCUCCCGAAUGGCUGGAAUACACCAAGGAAAAAGGACCAAGAGACGACUUCUGUCCACUCUGCCGACACAGAGCGACCAUGGAAGCAUGAUUCUUGGGUGUUGCUUCCCAACGACAAAUCACCAACAGAGAUUGCCCGCAUGCCACGCAGAGCGCUAGGUUUCUUUCCACCAGCCAGGCGGAAGUCCCAAGUCUAUUCGGAUGCCUCGACACCUCGACCAUCCGUCGAUGUGCCUCGCUCCUCUACGUCUACAAACCCCAUUGCGAGCUCUCCUUCCCAAUAUGUGAGGCCACGGGCGUCUAGCAAUCUCUCGUCGGUUUCGGCGCACGGUCGCCAAAGAAGUACGUCAGGCAGGGCCUGGGCUCUGCACGGCCCUGGAGGUGUGGGCACGCUGGGCCGGAAUGUACGAAGCCCAGGGCCUGCGCAAGAUAGUCUGAACAAAAAGUUUGCCCAGUAUCUACCAAAUGUGGCGCCGCCACCUGACCAGGAAUACUUCACACCUUGGGCGCCCAGCUUGCUAGAUGCAGGUGCAGGAACGCCAAGUCAACAAGGUGGCUCUGGGGCCAUUACGCCACUCAGUGGCUCCGGCUUGGACUUUCAGGAAUUGGGAGGUGCAAUAGAGGGCUGGAUGAGAAAAGUCGGCACCCAAGUGCAAAAGCUUCUGAAUGAGCCAGGCACGCCCGGGCAGGGCAAGCGAUCUGCAGUGCCUGUCAUUGGAAGUGUUGGCGGCGAUCUAGGAGAUCUGAUAGAGCUACAAGACGAUGCUUUUGAAAUUGGAGAUGAAGAACGCAAUAGGGGCAGGUCACGGGCUGAAGAGACGCUGGCCUCGACAAAUGAACGCUCGACGUCGAGAUCGGCGCAGCAGUACCAGUCAGCCCGACCAGAUAUUAACCUCGUGCUCAGAGAGAGAACACGAAAAAGUCAAGGUAGCAAGAGGGACUAAGUGGCAAUGAAGCAGCUUUGGAGUUGGUACCGGAGUUUGUAGCUGCACGCAUGCCUAGUUUGUUAAUGGGUGUAUCAAAGCGUUCGCAUUCUGGGUAUUUGCAAUAUAUCAU